AUGGCUGCGACAUCUCAGCUGGCAUCAGGAUGCAGAACUGGUUCUCUCUUAAUCGACAUCUCCGCAGGGGGAUCUUGGUGCUGGAAGGAGAAACCGGGUUUGGGAUACCCUGGAUAUUCCCGAGUUAUUGGCUACCCAUGGAUCUAUGGGUGUCCUUGUGGGGCACAGCAUCACAUACACGCUUUGCUGGGUACUUGCAGCCUUUCCGAGGAUGAUAAAAGGGAAAGCCAGAAUGAAGCUGGAAGAGACCCCCUUGUAGGGGAAGGUUGUCUUCUUCAGCUGCAACCCCAACCAAGUCCAGCUGCUGCAAAUGCAGGGGAUCCAGAAGGCAAGGCUCAGGCUGACCCUUUAGUUCCUGACCCGUCGGCCCCCAAGGAUGUUUCCCUAGAGCCGGCCCUCCCGGCUCCUAUGCCUCCAGAGGAGAUCAUGGCCCUGAUUCAGGAGCUACAAGCUGCGCAUGAGUUCCAGUCUUCUCACUUCCAAGAGCGCCGGCAGGAUCUUCGCAGCUGCCACGAUUGUCUGAAGUCCAUGAAGAUCCUCAGGGAGCACCUCCAGGCUGUGAAGACCCGGCUGUGGCAUGUUGAGACCAUGCUGGGCAUUCAAGUCCCACCUCAAGAGCUGGACCCGGAAGAGGAGCAGGAGGAGCCAAGCACCCGGGGAGGGGCCCCCUGCGACCCCAACCUCCCUCCUGCCCCCCCUUUGUCUAACGGGGGUGCCUGAGAGGCGAGGAAAGCA